UCCUCGGCGGCGGCGGAGAUGCAGGAGCGGGAGCUGAGCCUGGCGGCGCAGAACAGCUUCGUGGACUCGGCGGCGGCGCACAUGGGCGCCUUCAAGCUCAACCCCGGGGCCCACGACCUGUCGCCGGGGCAGAGCUCGGCGUUCAGCUCGCAGGCGCCGGGCUACCCGGCCGCCGCGCUGGGGCCGCACGCCGCGCACGUCGGCUCCUACUCCGGGGCGCCCUUCAACUCCACCCGGGACUUCUUGUUUCGCAGCCGGGGCUUCGGGGACUCGGCGCCGGGCGGCGGGCAGCACGGGCUCUUCCUGGCGCCGGCCGGCAGCCUGCAUCACCCGCACACGGACGCUCAGAGCCACCUCCUCUUCCCGGGCAUCCACGAGCAGCACGGCCCGCACCCCUCGCAAAACGUGCUGAACGGGCAGAUGCGGCUGGGCUUGCCCGGGGAGGUCUUCGCGCGCUCGGACCAGUACCGCCAGGUCUCUAGCCCCAGGACUGACCCCUACUCCGCGGCGCAGCUGCACAACCAGUACGGCCCCAUGAACAUGAACAUGGGCAUGAACAUGGCAGCGCACCACCACCACCACCACCACCCCGGGGCCUUUUUCCGCUACAUGCGGCAGCAGUGCAUCAAGCAGGAGCUGAUCUGCAAGUGGAUCGACCCCGAGCAGCUGAGCAGCCCCAAAAAGAGUUGCAACAAAACUUUCAGCACCAUGCAUGAGCUGGUCACCCACGUCUCGGUGGAGCACGUCGGAGGGCCCGAGCAGAGCAACCACGUCUGCUACUGGGAGGAGUGCCCCCGCGAGGGCAAGCCCUUCAAGGCCAAGUACAAACUGGUCAACCACAUCCGCGUGCACACGGGGGAGAAGCCCUUCCCCUGCCCCUUCCCCGGCUGCGGGAAAGUUUUCGCCAGAUCCGAGAACCUAAAAAUCCACAAAAGGACGCACACAGGGGAAAAGCCCUUCCAGUGCGAGUUCGAGGGCUGCGACCGGCGCUUCGCCAACAGUAGCGACCGCAAGAAACACAUGCACGUGCACACCUCGGACAAGCCCUAUCUCUGCAAGAUGUGCGACAAGUCCUACACGCACCCCAGCUCGCUGCGCAAACACAUGAAGGUGGGAGUUUCCAGCCCCGUUUCUGGAAAGCGAGGGAUUAGAAAUAUCCAGCUGGUGCUUUUAAGCUUGGCAUUUUAA